GGUUUUACAACAAAAGGAGAAGAAGAAGCAACGAGGUUCUUUUUGGUCAUCCACGCUGUGACGGCAGCACUCUGCAGUACGUUUGCGUGAAGCGAUCACCAGCCAUCUUGCUCGGUAGCUAUGCCGAAGAACAAGGGAAAGGGAGGUAAAAACCGUCGCAGGGGUAAGAAUGAGAACGAGUCCGAGAAGCGCGAAUUGAUCUUCAAGGAGGAUGAACAGGAAUAUGCACAAGUCACAAAAAUGUUGGGCAACGGCAGACUGGAGGCAAUGUGCUUCGAUGGUGUGAAACGACUCUGUCACAUCCGUGGCAAGCUGCGAAAAAAGGUAUGGAUCAACCAGGGUGACAUUAUUUUGAUAGGUCUGCGAGACUAUCAGGAUUCGAAGGCGGACGUUAUUCUUAAAUACACCCCGGACGAGGCCCGAAAUUUGAAGACGUACGGUGAGUUCCCAGAAUCGGUGCGCAUCAACGAAACGGUGACAUUCGUCGAGAACGACAUGGAUGACGACAUCGAGUUCGGUGACGAUUACAGCUCGUCAGAGGAGGGCGACGCAAUCGACGCUAUCUGAUCUGCACGGCGAACCCAACAUCCGAAGUAAAAUUUCACGCCGUGCUGCAACGUAUGAAGGCAAGAGUAGCAGCAGAACUGUUUAACAACAAACUGAUCCACCACCAUUAAUUAACAACAACGCUACCCUCCGGGAAGAAAUGGUGCAGAAAUGGUGUGUGUAUUGCUGUGAGUUUCAGUAUAAAUAUUGUCAGUGUAUCAAAAAGUGGGUGAAGUGAAUUGAAUUUAGGGGUGGCACAUUGGGACAGAUGUAGCAGGAAGUGAAAUAUUUGUGUUGUAUAACAAGUUCCAAAUUUCCAGCAGAGAAGAAAAUCGUUUAUAUAACACAGAAACGUACAUAAACCGAUUUGUUCUGUGUCGCUCAUUUCGAAAAGAAAAUCCUGUGUUAUUUCUGCUAAGCAAGCAUUUGGGAAAGUGUGAAUCGUGACGAGUAAUCAUCUAUACUGAAUUGCGUGAAGAGCAACACGCUUAUCGCGUGGUUAAGCAUGAUAGUAAUUGUUUACUAACAAGUAUGGACUGGCGCUGCAAAAUUGUUUACAGGAAAUGUACCGUUUUUUAGCAUGUGUAACACUAGCAUCCAUUCAUUUAUAUUAUUUGUAUUACUUAAUAAUCCUCCGGUGCUUUAAUUGCACCUGUUUAAAGCUUUAUUCUUAACCAUUUGUCCAAUGUAAAUUGUAAGGAAUUACAAAGAUUUAAAUUAGCGCCUUCAUUACCAUUUAUUGAAACAUUGUAUCUCGGAUUGGCAGCACUUUUUUCUACACAUUCAUAAAUUAAAUCAUAUUACUUCGCCCUACUCUUACACAAAAACGAAUAAAUGAAAAAAGGCAGUGUUAUACACGCAAAACUACGGUUUCAAGGAAAUAUUUUUACGUUGUACAUCGUAUGUCCUUCUUUAUCAUGGACUACAUCACGCUGCCUUGUUUCUUUAGUUCAU